GACAGAAAUUCUGGCGGCACUUAUGAGUAAACAGCCGAAAUAUAGGAAUGAAACGAACUAAUGAGUGACAAUCACUUAUCUACUUACUCCCAGGAAUAACGUAAACAGCUGAAAUCUAAGAACCGGUCCAAAGUGAAACGACCUUACGAUAGACAAACACAUACCUACAUACUCCCACGAAUUCUGAGUUAACAGCCGAAAUAUAGGUGCCGAUCCAGAGUGAAAUGAACUUACGAGUGACAAUCACUUAUCUAAUUACUCCCAGGAAUAACGGUAUUCAGUCGAGACCGGGGAUUUUAUGUUUACAUUAACUAAAAGCUGUUUCGUGGACCAUGCACUGCAAUAGCUCCAGAAGGUUAUUUACAAAUACUUGUGGAUAGUCCUCCAGAUUGGAGGUUGAUCGGUGGGAGAGCACCUCAUUAUCGUAGAAAACAAUCAGGAAUUCUUCAAUCAUCUCGAGCAAAGUAAUGGAAUCAAGACUGGAGUUAUCUAUAUUUAAAACUUGGAUUUUUUUAUUGUGUCAAUCUAAAGGAGGUGGUCUUCUAGAGCCGGAACCUGAAUUUUUUUUUUUAUUGAUUCAAUCUUAAGAAAAUGUCCUUCAAGAUCUUGCUACUGCUGUAUCACUCUGGUUACACCAUUACUUGCCAAAUGCUAUAUCACUGCAUCAAAGACACUCUGCACAGGAGCAUUUCUGAAAAAGAUUAUUUAUCAAUAAUUGCUGUACAUGGUUCAAGAAGGAUAUACAAUUAUUUAAUGGUGUAGAGGGAAUAGGACGCAAGUUCUGGCAUAUCAUGUGUGACGUUUCGGCCUCGUUCCUCUUCUACUGGCUAAAAGGUACACUUAGUCAUUGACCUAUAGAUGGGCUGCUAUAAAAAAAUGUUGGACAACAAGAUUGGUUGACGAGGAAACACGAUGUUUGAGACAUCACAUCAACAUAAUCGUACUAUCGGCGUCCACCAAGAGACACCAAUUUUCGGAAGAUUCCACGUGAUUAUGAAUGUUGCCGAUACCAAUAAAGUAUUGAUGCUUUUCUUUCGAUACAAGUACUUUUUGUAUUCGAUACCAUGGUUAUGAUACUGAUAUCGAUAAGAAAAUACUGGUAUCGAAUGAACAGUAUUGAAUCAAAUACUAAUCGCCAUAUUGGUUCAAAAAUCAAAAUACUCGAAUGCUAUCGUACAAUAAUUAUUUUCUAAUAAAAUGGUUUGUGCGCGUGGUGGUGGAUUUGUUUACAUAAAUCAGUCAUCACACCAUAGUCUAUACUCUAUACGAUUAUAUUAUUAUUUCCACGGACCAGAAACCACGGUCCACUAUAGAAUACAUAGACUUCUAUACUAAACUAGAUAAGGUACUCGCGUUAUCGGAUGAAGCAUUAUCAACGUUAGGUCGCCAUUUUGUUGGUUGGCAAAACAUUAUACAUUUUGUAUCAUGCACGUGCUAAGUGAAUUAUUAUUUUAGUAUUUUAUACAGUUAUACAUUUAAAUACGUUAUAUUUUAGUUGUUUUUUAUUAUAUUAAAGUUAUAAUUAUUAUGCCAGUAUCGUGCGUGGCAUUUGGAUGUUCCAAUAGGUAUAAAUCCGGUCAAAAUAUUCACUUUUUUCGAUUUCCUUUGAAUAAUGAAAAUGUAAAUCAAAAGUGGAUUAUUGCAUUGAGACGAAAACAUUUUAUACCUACCCAAUGGAGUCGAAUAUGUAGUAUUCAUUUCAUUGAAAGUGAUUAUGAACUAAGACCUGGUACAACUAAACCACGUUUAAAAAUUGAUGCUGUACCAUCAAAUUUCCCAUCUUUUCCUUCUUACUAUAAAAAUUCUGCCAAACGUCCUCGAAAAGAACCUACAAAAAGAAGUUAUACACCGAUUGAUGUUCCAAAAAUUGAUACAGACCUUGAAGUAGAAGACAAUUCACUGGUUGAAAAUAGUGAUGGUUUUCUAAAAAUACAUUCUGUUGCCGAUAAAGAAGUUCAAACAUUAGAAAAUUAUGGAAAUGAACUCUUCUUAAAAAGUAAAAUCAAGAAAUUACAACAAAAAUUAAGAAGAAAGCAAAAUAAAAUAAAUAAUUUACAAGAUUUACUGAAAGACCUAAGGUAUAAAAGUUUAAUUGAUGCUGAACCAGGAAAUAUUAUAGAAAAUUGUUUCAGUGGUAAUAUUUUAUAAUUAUU